AUGAUUGCUGAGCUGCUGGCGAUGCUAGUAGGGCAUCCAUCAAGUCUGUUUGCAUCAUCAUCUACGGCCUCGUCAGCUUCCGGCUCAUCUUCGACAGCACUCAAGGUCAGGGACGACCUCAACUUCCUUCACCCUUCCGAGAUCGAGAUCCUGAACCAUCUCGCAACAUUCUAUACCCGUUACAAUCGCGUCAAGUCAUUCGCAGAGGAUCAGAUCGAAGCCGCUCGACAGAGAGCUGUCCGUGCUGCGCUUCGUGCCAACUCUCUCGCUAGUCGCAGCGCCAGCAGUGCCAAAGAAGCCCAAGCUCAGCUCGAACAGCAGCCGACUCUUCACCUUGUACCUCUAUGCUCCACGCUGCUCUCGAUUCUCGCAGAAUACCACGAACUGGUGCUACAAACUGAGAGAUUGGUACUCGAGAAUCAUGUCGAACUCGUAGCUUCAACUGGUUUCGUCAGUCUGGCUAAUCUGCGGGCUCGCUUCGAGCCUUGGAAUGCGCCGCUGACGGCUCUAGACGACAUAGUGACACUGUUGGCACGAGGUCCCAGCAAGGGCAGGGAUAUUGCCUUUGCAAAGGAGUCCGAUGCCCAACAUGCAACACAAGACGGUCACGACGGAGGGGCUUCGCCAUACUUCCCAGCAUCAUGGACUGGGGGUCUGCUGAUCGAUCUGCUCAGCCUGAAAGCUAAUACUGGUGUUGAGCGUGUCGCCUCACACAUGGCUCGCCUACGAAAUGCAGUAGAGGACAGCUGGAUGCAACACCUCACAGCCUGGGUCUGCAGGGGCGAGAUCCACCGUCCCGGUGGCAUUGCAGAUUCACAGGCUUCCAAACGCAAUCUCAUCUCGAGAGAUCAGCUCGUCCAUUGGAUUGAGGCGACUGAUGCAGACGCUCACACCGACCAUCUUGCUACUGCAGCCGCAAGUGGCGAUGGUCUCGGCGACUGGGCUGCGUCCUCCAGCAACACUUGGAAUUUCCGACCCGACGCACUUCCAUCCUCCAUUUCGGACUCAACCGCCGACUCCAUACUCUAUGUCGGACGUGCUCUCUAUACCAUCCGAAACGCCAGUACCUCUUCAGCUCAUCACCUAGAUACGCCGACCCACCACGCACUACCAUCGGGUCCACCAGAUAAGGUCAUCCAGCUGCACGAAUCAGCGCUUGCGCGGCCUCAAGUACGACCAAGUCGCCCAGCUGAUCUCGAUCGAGCGAUUCAGUCGCUUCGUAAUGACGUCUCGGAAUGGAUCUUUCGCCACAUCCUCACCACCUCGGUCGUACGUACUUCGCUGCAGUGUUUAGGCGACUACUUCUUGCAUCGCAACGGAUCAUACACGCUUUCCUUGCUGGGUGAGGUAGAGGCAAUGAAGAAGAACAAGCUGUACCGCGCCAGAUCUGCGGCUGCAAGCAUGAUCCGGUCGAGCGAUCUAGAACUGUCGCUUCGGAGGGCGACCGUAGGGACCUGGGCCGAGGACGAUCCGUCGUUGCAGAGGCUGCGCUUCGUACUGCCCAAAGGCGGAUAUCGACCGAGCCUUGUAGGUGCACGCACUGCAAAGGUAAGAGGACUCGCUGCUGCCACUACUACUACUACUAGUGCCGACACUACAGUGGGUGGCACGACAAGUCUUCAGACAACCCGCUUCGACGACUUUUUGAUCGGAGUCCCCGCUCAGCUACACUACACGGCCGUCUUCCCGCUCGACCUUUUUCUCUCGGCAUCCGACCUAGCGGCGUAUUCACGCAUCUUCUCCUACCUGAUCGCCAUCAAAAAGGUGCACGCUAGAGUGUUGGACUGCUGGAUAACGCUCAGUAAGAAUCAGCGGAGCAGACGCAAGUUUACCGGCACCGGAGAGGGAGGCGUCGACGCGCAAGAAGAGAAGCAGCGCACAAAGCUGUUACGGUGCAGUUGGGGCCUGGUGAGAAAUAUGAAGUGGUUUUUGGAUACCUUGUUGGGACAUUUUCAAACAGACAUCAUUGAUGCGCAGUUUAGCAAUUUGGUAGAGAGAUUGGGAGCAAGUGGAGGUUCGAUCGAGUCAGCAAGAGGAGGGGCAGCAGGUGGAGGCCUGAGGACAAGAAAGGAUUCGGAGCUUCAACAGCAUCGGGCAAGCUCGCCAGUGGGAUCGAUAGUUGCUCACAGCGAGGCAUACGGUGACGAGGCUAGACCAAGAGUCACUAGCGGCACGUUCUCGCGCGCUUCUACCGUAGUGGGAGGCGGCAGCGGCAACGGUCGUGCAAAUCGAAGGCUAGCAUUUCCGGUAUCGGGACCUGCUUCGUCGACCUACGCACCUCCACCGGCGUCCGUGACUGGUCGAGGAGCUCGCAGAUUCGUUUCAACAUCUACACGUCCAGAAUCGAUCUUGGAUGGCGCAGACACCAUCCGUCAUGACGGCACCGAAGCGCAUCUUACAGACGAACAAGAUGCACCGGACGCCAUGCUCGACUUUGGCUCUCUGCGCACCUCGCACACGGCGUUUCUUGCGUUUGUCCAGGAUGGUCUGCUGCUCUCGUCUCCGGUCGCAUCUAGUAUCGUGCGCUCAGUGCUAGACAUCUGCGAUCGGUUGGCCGGUACAGUUGAGCGUUGGGCAGGCGACGUCCUUCCACCGCUGCUCACCACUUCGGCCACCACAACAGAUACAAGCUCCGCUAUCGAACAACGCCAGUCGCUCAUCGACAAGUUCACAACUGAAAUCGAUCAUGAGCUAUCGAGAUUCUUCAGACUGCUUUCGUCCUCAACUUCGUCCUCUCCGUCAUAUCAAAGUGCAAGUAACACGUCCAACACUACAGCAUCAGCCAUGGCUGCAGCCGACGAAAGUGGCUUGGGUUCACUCUCGAUCUCGGUUGCUCAACUACACAUGUCGCGAGGUGAAGCCGCCAAAAUCGACGUGCUAUCGGGCGCCAGUUCGGCUCGAAAGCAUCUGGAACAGUUGUUGUUGAGGCUCGAUUACAGUGGCUUCUUUGCAGAGCAGUUGCAGCGGCAGAGGGCGGGGCUCGACGCCAAGUUGGACAAUGCGCUCGUGCGAUAA